GUUCAUCCCAUCUUGACUCUCCACUAGCCCAGCAUUGUCAACUUCGUUCGCACACUCUUUCUUGCUCAGCAAAUCUUCACAAUCGCUAUCAAGAUGAAGUUCGCUGCUGUCCUUCUUCCUCUCAUCCCCGCUGCUCUUGCCGGCGAAUGCAUCCGCGACAGCGGCUGCCCCGGCUGCGGUCAGGUUGCCAGCGUCAGCUACGUCCAGGACGGAAGCACCUCCACCGCUACGGCCGCCUCCUACGGCUCCGUCACCUUCAGCGACACCACCAUCACUGUCAAGAACACGUCCAACAAGUGGCUGUUGUUCUGCAACUACGGCACGGCCUGCUUCCCUGUCGAGGCCGGCGACACUUGCACCUCGGCCCGCCAGUCUUCCGAUUCCACCGGUCUCGGCCUUCAAGUGUGGUCCCAGGAUCUCCAAAACGAGUCAGGCGGGGUUGAUGGUUCCACGUCCCGCAGUCGUCCCAAUUCUCUCGACAGCGCCUGA